UGAAAGACACCUCCUCCAGUCGCUGCUUGACGUCAGGGUAGAUCCCGCAACGAAAGAGAAUUGCAGAUAGAUAAAGAGGCAGAAGAGGACCGUCCAUCCGUCCGUAGGAGCAGACGAUCAGUUCCUGAGUGGAAAUCAACUAUACAAUGCCUUUAGGAGAGGAUGAAAAUGGAUGGAAAAAGAAGACCACUGACAUCAAGGAAAAUUAUGAUUUCAAGGAGGUCUUGGGGACAGGUGCGUUCUCUGAGGUGUUCCUGGCUGAGGAGAAGAAGACCCAGCGACUUGUGGCCAUUAAAUGCAUCCCUAAGAAAGCUUUGCAGGGAAAGGAGAACAGCAUUGAGAAUGAGAUUGCUGUGCUACACAGAAUAAAACAUGAGAAUAUUGUUUCACUGGAAGACAUCUUCGAAAGUCAGUCGCAUUUGUAUUUGGUCAUGCAGCUCGUAUCGGGGGGAGAGCUCUUUGACAGGAUUGUGGAAAAAGGCUUCUACACAGAAAGAGAUGCCAGCAAACUCAUUCGGCAGAUUUUAGAUGCGGUCAAAUAUCUGCAUGAUAUGGGCAUUGUGCACAGAGACUUGAAGCCAGAGAAUCUGUUGUACUAUAGUAUGGAGGAGGACUCCAAUAUCAUGAUCAGUGACUUUGGCCUGUCUAAGAUCGAGGACUCGGGAAGUGUGAUGUCAACUGCCUGUGGAACACCUGGAUACGUAGCUCCAGAGGUCCUGGCACAAAAACCGUACAGCAAAGCUGUAGACUGUUGGUCCAUAGGAGUGAUUUCUUAUAUUCUUUUAUGUGGCUACCCUCCGUUUUAUGAUGAAAAUGACGCCAAGCUGUUCGAGCAGAUUCUCAGAGCAGAGUAUGAGUUCGACUCUCCGUACUGGGACGACAUCUCUGACUCAGCCAAAGAUUUCAUCAGUCACUUGAUGGAGAAAGAUCCGACUGUGAGAUACACAUGUGAACAGGCUUUACAGCACCCAUGGAUUUCUGGAGACACGGCUCUCGACAGGAACAUUCAUGAGUCUGUCAGUGCUCAGAUCAAGAAGAACUUUGCCAAAAGCAAAUGGAAGCAAGCAUUCAACGCGACAGCAGUGGUCAGACACAUGCGGAGACUGCAGCUGAGCACCAGCCUAGAGGGGCCGAGCCAAAUCAGCAGCACCAGCCCCUACCACAGACACCUGCUCCUGCCCGCCAAAGAGCUGGACCACGAGGAGGACGAGAAUGAGGACGAGGACCACAACAGUUCCUCGAGUGCGGAUGGGCGUCGAGGCAGUGCUGAUCGGGACAGUCUCAGAAGCUGUACUUACUGCUGCCGACCAGCCAGUAGGAUCUGAAGCGGAACUCGGAGCCCAGCAGAACCUAGAGGAACCCAGAACCCAUGCACGUCCAUCGCACCAGUCUGACCCGGAACACAGAGCUUUCCUGGUAACAUGCACUAGAUGGAGCCAGUGCUGCUGGUGGGACGUGAGAGGAGAGCGUCAUUGUUCCAGACAUUCAGACUUGGGUAUAAUCAUAGACAGAUAGUAACUCCGCUGUCGUUUUCAUUUGAUUACUAUUUCUGUACCCCAACCAAAGACAAAAAUAGGUUUAAGUUGUACGUUUAUGGAAGGUUUAAUUAUUUGUUUGUAUAUGUUGUUUAUUUUAUUACCAUUCUUUUUUUAAGAAAAAGUUCAGGUCUGUACCCCGUAGCAAUUUGGACUUUCUUGGAAAGCCACUAGUUAUACAAUGUCUCAACAAAUAUUAGUGUCUUAAUAAGCCCCACUUGCUCAGGCGAGAAGUUCAUCAGAAAAAAAAAAAAGAUAAUUAUAUUAUUUUUAGGCCUUAAUACAUUGUGGUUUUGUUUUGUAAGGUCUGUUGGGUAGAGAGGUGUCCAUGUUGUUGAGUUUGUGAUCUGGUUCAGACUGGUACAAAGCUGCAUAUGAAGUCAGGGCAGGAGUAUUUCCAAGCUGUAUUUCCAAACGGAGAUCACAGAAACUUGUUGUGGGUAUAAACCUUCUUUGAAGAGUGUGGACAGAACAGGGCUUAGGAGCGUUGAGCCACAGUCCAGAUGCUUUUUUUACACCCAGAUUAAAUGCAAUACUUCGAUAAUAUCCACCAAUAAAGAGUUCUAAUUUUAGAUUUAUGGGGCAAAAGUAGUCUGUAGCUCAGUUCCAAAACCUACAUUUAAAAAUUAUUGAUUUAGAUCUUAAUUUAAGAUGUAUGUUUUUGAAUUUGCAUAUAAAAUAUCCAGCUAUUUGAAUUACAGUUUUAACAUGAAAAUUCAUGCAUAUUUGACAAUCAUACAUAAAUGAAAGUAGCAAGAUUUCUGUAAAAUUACUAAGAAAAUGUAAACAUGUUUAUAUUUUUAAUGAUCAAUAAAUCAGAUUUUUUUUUUUUUAUCGAAUGCAUAUUCCUAAUUAAAUAUUGGUUGUUCUAGAGCAAGCCAUAUUUUAACCAUGUUCUUAUUUUAUUUUAACAGAAUAAAUUUGAUUGUUUGCACAAUAAACAGAUUAAGACAAAUUCAAAGCAUUUUUAUAAACUAAUUUUGACAAAUGAAACAGGUGAGAUUUUUUGCAAUAAUACUAAUGUGUUUUAAAUAUACAGUAACCAGGCUUUUUAUAUAUUUACCACCCAUACAUCAAAUUUGAUUAUCUAUCUUAUUAGUCAAAUUAAUAUAUAAUGAGCACAUUUUAGCUAACCAUAUUCGUACUUUUAUUUUAACUAAAUAAACAGAUUUACACUGAUAAGCAGUUCGAAUAAAUGCAUUUUGAGAAUAUAAUUAUUUAAAUAAAAUUCCAUAGAUGCAAAUAGUUCAUAAUAAACUAUGCCAUGCUUUUUCUGUGUGUUGUUUAGAAAUCGUAUCCAUUUCAUUUAUUCAUGACUGACGAAUAUGCAUUACAUUAAGUUUAUUCGUUUGUUUACACUAAAGCUGUGGAAUUCAAAUAAAUGGUAAUAUUACACAAUUCAAAUACAUGAAUCUUAAAUGUAAGCCCAAGUUUAGUGAGAAGGAAUCAGAUGCACACUCCUGGUCCAAAAUAUGUCUUUUAAGACGCCUCAUAAAUCUAAGGCAAAUUGUAUCCUUUGCUGUGAAAGCAAUCUCAUAAUGCAGUGCAACAAGCUCAGUAAAUAUAUAUAAAAAAUAAUGAAUAAAAACACCAUUUUAGACAAUAUUUGUGAGAGCUGUGGAUUUAUGCUUUUUAGAGUAUGCUGGCAUCAACUUCUGUUGCAGUUGUGAGUCGAGUGUCGUAUUGCGGUUCACACGUGAGGCACUAUUUGUAGAUUGUUUUAAAAUCAGUUACUUAUAAGGUUCUGUUUAAAUUAUUCUGCCUAUUCGAAGGGUUUGGGAACAGAUGUUGAUGAACUACUUUGUCGCAACAGUGAUUUAGUUCUGCAACCGCAAUGAUUUAUCGGUUCAUGAUUAUCAGUUAUUCUAUGUUUUGCUUGUUGUGGGAGCUGAUUGGUUGAUUGGUUAAGGUUCUUUUGUUUGGGUUGCUGGCCGUAAUCAGUACUGUUCUCCUGUGAAGAAGACGUCUAAUGUUUGCAUGACCUCGUAAAAAUAUGUUUACAAGAGCGAUGAUCAAAAUAGACAAUAUACAUAAACAUAGUCUUAUCUUUAAAAUACUAAUCAUAAAAUAAGACAUACUAUUUCUGUCACGAGUCAUUUGGGAGUCACAAGAAAUGUGGACACUUAAUCUAUUUCUUUUUAUAAAAUAUACAUAUAACAUUAUCUUAAGAACUCAAUACUGGCCUCAUUUUAAAACUGGAUUAAUAAUAAAAAAAAAAAAAACAUUUAUCACCUUGAUAAUAUAUAAUAUCUAUGCCAAUUUGCGCAUAUUACAAACUUGAAGCCAACAAUGAUACAAAUAAAACGUUUUUGUUUUUUGCUAAUGGAUACCUAAUAUUAAAAACAUCUUUAAACCAUGAAUGAUUACACACUCCGUCUAUGUGAUGUAACUGUAUUUAUCAUUUAUUUGCAUAAAGUCCAUUUCUAGGUUGUCUGAACAGUGUUGUCAAUGCAACAGCAUUUUGAUUUUCAGUGUAAAAUGCUUUUUAUUUCAAUGUAAUAUUUAUUCAUUUCAAUGAAAUUCUAAAAUAUUAUGUACAUCAAUAAUUAAAAUAUUUAAUUUUAGAACUGCGUCAUACCCGAGUGCAAUCAUCGAUUUAAUUAGUAUAAAAUUGCAACGGUCUAACGAGCAGUUCAGCAAUCAGUUCAUUAUGAUAAUUAUGCAAACUGCCUCAGAAGGGCUGAUUAAAUAUCAUUAGAAGUCAUCUACGACUUACUUUGGCUUUUGGAAAGUAUACACCCCAGUUUUGGGUUAGUUAAUUCCUCCCUUGAUCAAUUUUUUUUUUUCAUAUGGAAGUGCACACACUUCAGGAAGUGAAGAGGAGACACAAAUACAGUAUGUGUAUUAUACAUAAAGUCAAUGUAUACAUAUAUUGUACAUCUUUUUUGUAAAAGCUACAAAUUUAUGGAUGCAAUGCAUCAUGUGUUAUCGAUGGAGUUAUGAAGAGCCAAUGAUUUGUACCCUUAAAGAUAUACAGGUAGUAGCACGUUAUGAAUAAACACUCCUUGUCUAUG